CGAUACUGUUUCUGUUUGCAUGUGACCUCACUGACACUCUCUACUUUCACUGUCGGCGCUUUCAUCGCACUCAUACUCUUCCGCUUCCCUCCAAAUCGCUCUUUCUCUCUCUCUUACUCUGUUCCUUUCUCCAAACUUUGCUUUCAAGUUUUCACCCCGUGACUCCCUCUCUACCACCUCUGCAUAUAAAUAACACCCACUUCUCACCGUUAACCAACCACCGCAACCUACAAUGGCACCUCCCAACCUUUUUCCGUUUCUUCUUCUCCUUCUUCUCUCUCUCUCCGUCACUGCUCACGAUUACCGGCAGGCAUUGUCCAAGGCAAUCCUCUUCUUCGAGGGCCAACGCUCCGGAUUCCUGCCGCAGGACCAGAGAAUGCAGUGGCGCGCCAAUUCGGGUCUCGGCGACGGCUGGACCUACAACAUCGACCUCACCGGCGGCUACUACGACGCCGGCGACAACGUCAAGUUCGGCUUUCCCAUGGCAUUCACCACCACAAUGCUCUCCUGGAGUGUCAUCGAAUUCGGAGACAUGAUGCCUCCCGACGAGCACAGAAACGCGCUCGUGGCAAUCCGUUGGGCUACCGAUUAUUUGCUCAAAACCGUUUCUCAGCCCAACCGCAUUUUCGUUCAGGUAACUAACUUAAUCAACAACAACUCACAUUUCCAACAAUACCCUUCAUUUUACUUUAUUUCAUUUCUACCCAACGUUUUAUGCCAAUGGCUGUUUAGUAAAUUCUCCUAACUCGAAAUGGGUCCAUGGAUCACGGGCGCAAGUAUGCCAUC